GCUCAUUCCAUUUGGUGCAGAUAACGGUGACAUUUUGGUUCCUCCAGGGGAUGAUUCAGUAAAUUCACGCAACUUCGUUAUUGCGAAACCUUUUCGUUUCUUUGGCCAGGACUUUACUUCAUUGUAUGUAAACAUUAAUGGAGUAAUAUCAUUCCAAAAAAAAUUUUCAAAGUUUAAACCAAAACGGUUUCCGCUUGUUGAUACUGCUAUGAUCGCUCCAUUCUGGGCUGAUGUUGUUACAACUAAGGGAGGUGCUAUAUGGUAUAGACAGACCACUUCCAAAAAUGUCCUGAGAGAGGCAUCACUCGACGUAAGAAAUGCUUUUCCAGAAUUCCCAAACUUCUCAGCAAGAUGGAUGUUUGUUGCCACUUGGGAGAAAGUACCAUUUUAUGGAACCAAAAAUAAGAACAUCACCAACACCUUCCAGUCUGUACUGCUAAGCGAUGGCCGUCACUCGUUCGUUCGUUUUAACUACUAUAACAUCACGUGGACUUCAGCGACAACGAGUGGAGGCAAAUCCAGCAAUGGCCUUGGUGGAACUGAAGCAUCGUGUGGAUUCAAUUCUGGAUUUGGCAACUAUCAUUACAAUGUAACUAAUAAUGGGUAUCGAAAUAUUAGUGUACUUGAUCUUCCUCACAAAACAAAUGUUAAACAACCAGGAGUGUUGAUGUUCAGGACGGACGGCAUCACAAUACAAGAACCUACAGGACGAACUACAAAAGGUGGGGAAAGUGAGUGGGUGAAAAUGAACUUUGAUGAGGUGUGCUUUGGUGCUAGGAAUGACGCAUAUGGCUCCUUCGUCAAUCAUGUCAAAGGGGGAAGGGUCGCAGCGAUCAAACUUGUCUACUUACGAGGCUUCGUCCGUUGUGCCAAUAGUGCGGUUCACAACAGCAGAUGGGGAUGCUCUGGAAUUAAGAAAUUGAGUCAUUUCCCUUUCAAUGUGAUUGGAACCAACCAGAACAACCGUGUUCUCUUCCCAAAAGAAGAAAUCUUGGUGUAUAGCACCAUGUGGUACAAUCUUCCAUUUGCUGACAAUCAACAUAGCAAUGAGCUCGUGUUUACAGGAGACUACUUUAACUCCUUUCAUUUCCCGCUUAACGACCAGAUGAAGAUCUGGUACGGUGAAGAUCUCGCUAAUCACAGCGAGAGAGAUAAUCACGGUCGAGUUUGUGUGGACGUCUACGUGAAGUUUAUCUGAUUUUAUUACUUGAGUAGGCGAGGGAAAUAAAGUUAAUAUUGCUUACUGUUAGUUUGCAUUAAAAGUUCGAUUCGAAA